AUGGCUCCUAUCACAGGGCCACAAAACACUCGCCUCAGCGCCGCAUACAGCUCCCCCCAGCUGAACCGCAUGUUCGAACACCCUAUCAACUCGCCCGCACCGAGCCCCUCCGACGAAAAUGUGAAGGUCAAGGUCGCAUACCUUUCCGAGCUCCGAAAACUCGUUCCCGCGCUCCAAAAUGACAUCAAUGUGUUCUUGACCGAGCGUAUGGAGGAGGACAAGAAGGCUGCAGAAGCGCAAGGGCGUGGACUAUCAGAAAAGGAAGCCAAAGAAGAAGAGAACUACGGAGAGGAGGUGGUCGAGGACGAUGCAUGA